AUGAGUUUUCUCUUUGGCAGCAAGAAAAAGGAGAAUUUAUUUGAUAAAUUAAACCAAAACAACAAUACAGUUAAUAAUGUCUAUGGGGAGACAACGGGUCUUCUCUCGGCACAAUAUAGCUCGAGUACGAGUGGAGGAAGUCCUCCGAGUAAUAAUCAAGAGAAGGCUAAUACAAUAUUUUCAGAGUUGAGUUCGUUCAAGCCUCCAGAGGGUGAACAUAAUUUAAAUCCAAUACGGAGUGAUUUUGCAAUAAUGAAAAAACAAUCUUUUAAAAAGGAGGAGGAUUAUUUUACUAAACAAAACGAGGAAAAGAAACCAGUACAAAUAUCAUUGCAAGAAAAGGUUCACGGAUUAUUUAUUGAUUUAUCGUAUGCUUUGGGAAUUUAUGGAGUACCAUCACAUAGAUUGGAAAUGCAUUUGAAAACAUUAUUUGAUUGUUUUCCAUUGGAGAAAUGUGAAUUUAGAUAUACACCAUCAAGUUUGUGGUUUUGCUUUACCCCAAAUUUUAAUUUAAAUAGGAAUGAUGAAUAUGAGGAGGGAGAUGGAAUAGUUACUCAUAACAGUAAUGCAUACCUCUCUAAAUCAAAGUUUUAUGUUGUAAAAUUGGAUGAAUAUGAUUUGGAAGAUAUGGAUUUGGUUAAAUUAUGUGAGUUGGAUCAAUUGGCUUCGGAAAUUCCAGAGUUAAUGGCCGUUACAGAAAAUAAUCCUGAAUCACUUUCAAAUUUAAUUGAUGAUUUAAGAGGAAGAAUUAGAACAAUUAUUUCGAGAUAUUCUUUUGUGAGAUCUGCUAUCAGAUUAUUUAUUGCCAAUCUUAUUUCAGCAAGUAUGUGGGUAAUGUACUAUGAUGGAUCAUGGAUGGAAAUGUUGUGCGGUUUAAUCGUGGGCAUUGCAACAGGAAUUCUUGUUGUAAUUGCUGAAAAAUAUCCAUCUUUUAAUAGAGUCAAUCCAUUUAUUUCUGCCAUUGUUGCAGGUACAGUUGCUUCUCUUACUAAGGUUAUUUUCUCCAAAAUGUUGACUGAGGAGGACAGGGGCAAAUAUCCAUUUUCUGUCUUUCUGGUGACACUUUGUGCACUAUUCGGUUUGCUUCCUCAUGUCAGUUUUACAAAUGGAAUAUCCGAGUUGGCUACAAAGAAUUUAGUUUCUGGGUCUAUGAGAGUUUUCUACGCGUUUGUUCUCAUUCUACAGGUAUGUUUUAAUUCAUUUGCACAAUUCUAA